AUGGCCGAAGAGUCCAAGCCCGUCGUCAAGGGCAAAGGGAAGGAAAAGGGCAAGGAGAAGGACAAGGAGAAGGCUGCCAAGAAGCUGCACAAGGCCCUCGAUGGCCUGUCCAACGACCAAGUCUCCCAGCUCCUCGACCUGAACCCGGCCCUCGCCAACGAGCUCGCCGGCGCCAGCGAUGACGACCCCAAGGCCGCCGCCAACGCCCUCAAGCAUCUCGACCUGCAGGAGAUCAUGACCGGCCUGGCCUCGAGCGGAAAGAACGUCAAGGACAUGGGCGCCUACAAGUUCUGGGCCACCCAGCCCGUGCCCAAGUUUGGCGACGAGGCCGACGCCAACAAGACCGUCGAGGAAGGCCCCAUCAAGGUCCAGACAGUAGACGAGGUACCCAAGGACCCUGCGCCUAUGUAUGAAGGCUUCGAGUGGAGUACCUUGGACCUCCUCGACGACGCCCAGCUGAAGGAGGUGUGGGAACUCCUGAACGGCCACUAUGUCGAGGACGACGAGGCCAUGUUUCGCUUCAACUAUUCUCCCAGCAUCCUGAAAUGGGCCAUGAUGCCUCCGGGCUGGAAGAAGGAGUGGCACCGCGGAGUCCGGGCCGCCAAGUCCAGGAAGCUCGUCGCCUUCAUCGCCGCCAUUCCCGUCGAGCUUCGCAUCCGAACCAAGGUCCUCCAUGCCUCCGAGGUAAACUUCCUCUGCAUCCACAAGAAGCUCCGCGCAAAGCGUCUUGCCCCGGUCCUGAUUAAGGAGAUAACGCGGUUAUGUAAUCUGGAAGGCAUCUUCCAGGCCAUCUACACUGGUGGCAUCGUCCUUCCCAGGCCUGUCAGCACAUGUCGUUACUAUCACCGUGCCAUCAACUGGCAGAAGCUCUACGAUGUCGGUUUCAGCCCCUUGCCGCCUAACAGCAAGCCUCAGUUCCAGAUCAAGAAAUACGCGGUACCGGAACGCACCUCGCUCCGGGGGUUGAGGGAGAUGCAGAAGAAGGACGUUGCUGCGGUGCAGGAUCUACUCACGCGCUACCUGGCCAAGUACGACAUGGCCGCCGAGUUUGACAAGUCAGAAGUCGAGCACUGGCUUUUGCAUAACAAGAAGAAUGCCUUGGAAGAGCAGGUCGUCUGGACCUACGUCGUCGAGGAUGAGCACAAGAAGAUCACGGAUUUUGUCUCUUUCUACUGUCUCGCGUCCUCGGUGAUCAACCAUCCCAAGCACUCGAACGUGAAGGCGGCUUACCUGUUCUACUAUGCCACCGAAACGGGUCUCACCAUACCCGCCGACAAAGAUGCGGUUCAGGGUCGUCUCAAAGCACUCAUCUCGGACUCGUUGGUAUACUGCAAGCAGUACAAGUUUGACGUCUACAACGCACUCUCGCUCAUGGACAACGGCCUGUUCCUGGAGGAACUCAAGUUCGGUCCUGGCGAUGGCCAGCUACAUUACUACCUGUUCAACUACCGAGCUAACCCGAUCUCUGGCGGAGUCGACAAGAAAAACCGGCUGGACACAGAGGCAUUGAGUGGGAUCGGCACCCGGCGCCAGAACGUCCAGUGCCCCCGAGAAGACAUGUGCCAGUACAUGCUGCUGAAAUGGUACUGCGACGAAUGUGGCGCCUGGUACACCAGCGACGAGGUCAAGGUCGUCGACUGCGAUGCCUUCGAGACGACGGGCGACUGCGAGCAGAAGGACCUCGUCCGAGAGGAGGAGUCUGAUGCCGGGGGACUCUGCGACGACUGUACCCAGGAGCACGCGAGCUAG